UGUCAGCAUGCCCCUCUGGCCAAGUGGCUCAGGUCUGACCCAGGAGAAGUGGCCGAACCAGCCCCAGCAGGUUUGCCAGGGCAGGGUGGGGACCGGGGGGGUAUUUCCAGGGGCAGAGCUCGGGGUGCUCAUUUCCACCGAGGAGCCCACCGGAGCCAUGGCGGAGGAGCAGCGGGACCUCAUCUCUGACCGCGGCAGCGCCGUGCUCGGCGUUGGGAACACCCAGAGGUCGGUGCUGGGGCGCAGAGCCGCCCUCUCCACGCUCUCCAUCCUGGUGGCCCUGCUGAUCGCUGGCCAGGCCGUCACCAUCUACUUCGUGUACCAGCAGAGCGGGCAGAUCAGCAAGCUGACCAAGACCUCCCAGACCCUGCAGCUGGAGGCUCUGCAGAGGAAGCUGCCUGGCAGUGCCAAGCCAGUGAACAAGAUGAAGAUGGCCAUAGCGAACACCCCCCUGGUCAUGAGGGUCCUGCCUGAUGCCCCCUUUGCAGACCUUCCAGCUGCAGCCCCUGCUAGCAACAAAACCGAGGACCAAGUGAAGCACCUGCUGCUGCAAGCAGACCCCGGGAAGAUGUUCCCUGAGCUGAAGGACAACCUUCUGGACAACCUGAAGAGCCUGAGAAAAACCAUGACUCACACAGACUGGAAGUCCUUUGAGUCCUGGAUGCACAAGUGGCUGCUGUUUGAGAUGGCCAAGAACCCCAAGUCGGAGGAGGACAAGGCAAUCCCAGCAACUAAAGUGCAAACUAAGUGCCAGGCCGAGGCCAAUUUUGGGGGUGUCCAGCCAGGCCGGUUCCGCCCCCAGUGCGAUGAGAACGGUGACUACCUGCCCAAGCAGUGCCAUGUCUCCACCGGCUUCUGCUGGUGCUCCUACAAAAACGGCACCAAGAUUGAGGGCACUGCUACUCGGGGAAAGCUGGACUGCUCUGGGGCUGCUGCUCCCACCAGUGCCGCUGCCACCCCGGAUCCAGAGGAGAUGAUCUUCUCCGGGGUGGACGUGCUCAAGCUGAAUGCGGAAAAACCAGAGAUCUAGAAGAUGCCAGCAAUUGCCUCCAGCAUCCCAGCUCCUGUCUGAUUUUUUUUCCCUGUUUCUUUUCUGCUCUUACACUGCUGACCUUUCCCCUGCUGCAGAGCACCAGCCGGGGCUGAGCUGCCACGACUAUCAGUGCUAGAGAUGAAGUGUCUCCUCAGAGAGUGGGUAAAGCAGGCUGGAAAAUGAUUUCAACCAUAUCAGGUCCAUAAAUCCUGUUCCCUUUGGCUCAUCGACAUCCCACAGCACCCAGGCAGUGGCAGAGCUCGCUCCUGCUGAAGAAUUAAUGCUUCCUUACACUAAAUGAACAUUAAAAGCAGCAAAACAAUACCCACCAGCUUCUUAACUGAUCCCUGUAGGCUGGAACCCUGUUAGAUUAGUGGAGUAGAGGGUUUUUAUUGUGGAGUGCUCAGAUUUGUAGACAGAGAUUCGCCUACAGCCGCAGCAGUGGGUAUCCAUGGGCAGAGGGGCUUCUAAUCUUCCUGAAUAUAUCUGAUUGUUCCUUUAUAAAUGAGCUCAAAAGCUAAUUAUUUCAAAUAAACUUUUGAAUAAGAAAGCCUUGUAAGCAACUCUAGCAGGGCUGUGCUUGCA